GUUUGAAAGAACUGCUGAGUUUUAUACAUAAAGAUCUUCGAGACAUUGCAAAUUCUAAUUCUGGAUUUGACGCGACAAAGAAGAAAAAAGCUCGGGAAAUACUGGAUAACUGGAAAGUUCAACGCUUAGCGCAAGCUGGGACUUUAGGUCUUCAUGCUUCUUUUACUCUAUUAUCUUUACUCUAUAUUGUUAUUGUUGAACAUUUCAUUAUUAUUCUUUGUUUUGUCAAGAACUGGACUAUACCACUAAAGAACUACAAAAAAGAGUGUGCACGAUUCAAUAUAAAGGGGAAACAUAGUCGAGAUGUGGAUAAUGAUGAAAAAAAGACGGGUACUGAAGAAGCUACAAUUCCGGCAAAAAAGCGCAAAACUAAAUCUGAAAAAAGAACGAGAAGUGAGAGAGUAAUUGUAUCGAAUUAUCGUGGAUUACUUACAGAUACGGAUGUUGGAACUUCCUCUGAAAAAACUACAUAUACAGAUGAAGACUCCUCUCAAGAAAAUAAAGAGGAAGCAACGACUGAGAAUUCUUUCGAAAAUCGCUCCCAAGGAAAUGAUGAGAAGAGAACUAUUCAAGAUAAUAUUAUAACAAACAUCUUAGGAAAUACUGAACUCUCAGACGCAUCAAAAAAGAUUUUUACGAUUUAUAAAGCGCAAUACCCUGAUGGUGAUCUAAUUGACCUCCGACUAAAAUCACCCUUUUUAAAAGAACUUUCAAGACAAGUAGCAACAUCGUAUUUAAUGGAAAUGGAUACCAAGACAGAGACGUUGGAGUGGAAUUCCCAAAUCGAUGAUUUAAGAGCACCAGAAAAAGGUGAUUUCAUAAUGAAUUCAGUGGUACGAGUUUUACAUCGUACAUUGCCACAAUUUAUUAAGGCAUUUUCACUCAAAGAACAGAACCCACUUUUAAAUAUUGGCACAAUAGAACAUGCGCAUCUUAAUGCUUUCGUUCACCCAUGUCUUGACGCUUCUUUAUGGUACAUUGCUGGUAUACACUAUGAAUUCGGCGAGAUAGCGUCGAAAAAUCACACUAAUGGUAAUCGAGCUGAUGGAGUUGGUUACAUGACGGAUGCUGAUAAGUAUCAGCUCAUUUAUGUUGAAGGCUCGAGACCAGUAACAAAAGAUAAAAAGGAAACCGAUAACAUCAAAAAAAUAACAGAUAAUUUAAAGAAUAUAUUCGCGAAUAUUGUAAAGGAAACUAUCAAAAGCAGAUUAAACGAGAUUGAUAAUGCCAAUCUUCCUCGAAAAUUUUCUGAAAUGAAAAAUUUCAUUUAUUUCUAUGAAAGUGUAUUGAAAUGGUCGUUAUUGGUUCAUGAUGUUAAAGCAUCCUUUGAUGAUGCAAGAGCUGAACAAAGACCUUUGCAACUUUCGUACGCAAAUGCUCUUCUCCAGUUGGAUUGA